AUGAUAUUAUGCUACUUUUUGCGCACCUUCUAUCUUAUUAUCUGUCAUUUGUUAAGUGGUGUCUGCAGUGAUUUUUUAACGCUCCAAACAAUGCGUUUCUUCCAUACCGUUCGCAAUGACUUCCUUAUAUAUGGUAUAACUCAGGACUGUCAAUUAUACUUCGUCGAACAUAUGAAUUAUAUGCUGAUCAAAUCACUGAAAGUUGAUCGAAGUAAUACAUAUUGCUAUCCAAAUUUAGUUAAACUUCAUCUUCGACAAGGAAUUAAGCAAAUAUCACUUAUUCUGAUAAUAAAGCAAGCCAUGAAUUGUAUUUGCACGUUGCCAAUUGAAAUGCCAUCGCUUGAAAGUGUCAGUAACGGACAAGUUUUCAGUUACUCAAUAUUUACUUCAUUACCAUAUGCUGCCUGUUCACAUCUUAGAGAUAAUAGUUUUAUUCUUGAGCCUGAUUUAUCCUUCAUGGACACGACAUUUUCUGAUAUUAUUUACUUUAUUAAUGCCAAAUCAGUUGGCUCUCAGUGGAAUAUACAACAAUUUUGGAUAAAUAAGCAUGGUAACUUGGUGGCAAUGGAAAAAUUUGUUGUUUAUCGCUCCCAAAAAGGUAAUGAUGAAAGCACUGGCCAAUCCAAUCAAUUCAUCGUUGAGCUCGAUUUUAAGCGUUCAAUGCUGUAUACUUUCAAUCGUCUCCGAAGAAAUUUGUUGUCGGAAUGCUUAUUCGAUUUGCUUUUCAGAUCAUCUCAUCUACUUCCUAAAUGGAUUAAAUUUGACAAAACAUAUCGUACACAAGCAUGGCUUGAAUCGUUUGCUGUUGAUGGCCAGUUGAUGAUGUUUACUGAAUCUAUUCGCAAUGAAGUGGGAGCCACUUCCGAACUAUAUUUAACAAAUCUGCGGAUUCAAAAUAGCUCAACACGACUACUGCAUUUGGAUUUUGUUGGUGAUAUUGGUGUACUACGGAAACAAACUUAUGCUGAUUUAUCGACAAGGAAUGUCCUCACUUUUGGUGAAAUGAGGCAAUUAUAUGCACAAAAUGUCCAAAAUAUUCAGCUAACAAUGUCGCAAGCGUCACCAACAUAUACCAUUUUGAAUACAAUAACACCAACAUUAACAAUUGAAACGACUUUGACAUCUACAACAGCUUCUUCUGGGAGAACAACAACAAUAAAUGGGAUUGAUCGGUUCUAUUCAGAAAUUGAAAAUGAUCACUCAAGUGGUAUUAUAGAUCAUGGAAUUGGGGAAGAAAUGAAAGCAUUAAUUACGGCACGGCCAACUACACAGUCGGCACAGUAUAUGAUACAUCAACAAUGGUCCACCAAAGAUGUUAGAAGUAACAUGAAGGAAGCAGAAAAGGAGGAGCUUGUUGGAAACAUGGAGGAAACAGAUACCAUUCUUCCAAACAGCACUGAUAGUGAAAUAUUCUGGAAGACCAGUAUUCCCGAAGUUGGUGAAAGCGAAAAAAAUACAAUGCUCAAUGUUGAUGAUCACAUCUAUAAUAAUAAUAACGAAGUGGCUUUAAUUGCAGAUCACAGGGAAGUGACCCCACCACCGAAUACUACAUUAAGAUCAAAUUGUACGUUGAUUAUGAUGCAACUGAAUAUAUUUAUAUGUUUACUUGCUUCUUUUCAUGUAUAUCUGAACUUUAGUGUCCCUUCAUGUUAA